UUCUCAAUAUUUUACCAUCUUCACUGCUUAAGCAUGCCUCCUCCUCCUGUUGCUGUUUACAGAUCGGAUGAUUUCUUAGCCCGUACUGCUUUUUUCCUGAGAUUUCCUGUAGCUGCUUUGACUGAAGAACUUGAAAACCGAACUCCCAGUGAACAACGAACUUUGAUUGGUGAGACGCUCUACCCUUUGGUGGAAUUACUCCAGCCAUUGUUUGCACCAAAAAUCACAGGAAUGCUUCUUGAACUACCCCGAACCCAAAUCUUUCGGUGCAUAGAAUCACCAGAAGUCCUCAAAGAGAAGGUUAAUGAGGCAAUUGAUGUUUUAGUGGACUGGUAUCCCCAACAGAUGAAGCUAAACGAGCAAGAAGCCAAGGAGUUUCGAGCAGCCAUGCUCUUAUCUAAGCUUUGA